AUGGUGAAAGUUGAAAAGGCUCAAUAUGGACAGUUCGAAGUGACGUUACCAAUAUUACCUAAGAGAAAGAAAAGCGUAGAAAGAAUAAAUUGGGAGAGUAAGCAGUUCAAAAGUGACAUCUAUUGGUUUGAGCUAGAGUUGCAUACCCAUACUGAGAGGUUUGAAUGGAGAAAGUGUGCUCCACAGAUGGUUGGAGGUCUAGAUUUGGAUUUUGUAUCGAGUGGGUGGAUACUUGUCAGAGCACCGAAAUCAAAAGAAAAGAAUAGUAAUACUUUAAAAAAUUUAAGAGAAAUGGGUCGAGAUAGUGACGGAGCUCAGAUAGUUGCAAUGUGGGGAGCGAAGAGAGUAUACUCUAAGUUGAUUCACUUUGAGAUUCUAGGUCCGGGAAGGAAUUUUGGGCAGGAAUUUCUACUUAUAGCUUUGGCAUCAGCAUUGAAACUUCAAUUGAAUAUUUUGAGGGCAGAAGAAGUGCUUGAAGCAGCUAGGAUGAGACAACAACAAUUAGCAAGUAAUCGCUCGCUCAGAUUGUGA